AUGGAGCUUCCACAGAGACCAAACAACAACCGAGGCCGUGCGCGAAAAUGUUUGUGCAUUGGUCUGCCAAUGCUGGUCGUGGCCUUGCUUCUUGUCAUCAUCGUUCCUACUGCAGUGAUCCUCAAGAAAGACCAUGACGGCUCAAUCGGCUUGCCCGCGACAGUUCUUCUUCCAUUGUACUUGUAUCCGACCGACGACGCCUGGGAGCCGUUGUACAAGGCCAUCGAGAAAGCGCCCAAGCUCAACUUCACCGUCAUCGUAAACCCCAACAACGGCCCAGGCGGCAUGACCGAUCUGAUGCACUUCAAGCCAGCACUGCAGAAGCCCGCCGCUUUUCCAAACGUCCAGACCAUCGGAUACGUUCCCACGGAGAACGGUACCAGAGCUACGACUGCGGUUCAACGAGACGUCCUGCAGUAUUCGGUCUGGUCGAACAUGCCGCUUAACUGCACGCUGAAUGGCAUUUUCUUCGAUGAGACGCCGUAUGUGAGGGGCAAUCAGACUGAGGAUUAUCUUACUAUCAUCAAUGGCUGGGCGAAGGGGGCGAAUGGCAUAGAGAGUCCCAAGACGAUCAUCCACAAGCCAGCUGGUAUUCCAGAUUAUGGUUCUCCCCUGGACGCCGUUACAGUCUUUGAAGAUCCAUACUCGGCACUGGGAAGCUUUCUGAAUGCGAACGCCCCAGCGUCUCCUGCUCGCGGUCUCUGCAGCUUCAUGAUCAACUCAGUGCCUGAAUCAGCCAGCAUGACAGAUCUCGUGAAGGCGCUUAGUAAGCGUGGCAAGUAUCUCUUCGCCACCGACUUGGCAGAAACAGAUGGCAAGAGCUUCGGUGGGAGGUGGGAGGAGUUCGUUGACGCAAUGGAGGAGACGGCUUGA